CUCAAAUAUCAGUCUCUACUAGUUGUACAGUUCUCUCUUAUUUGAUAUCAGAGAGCCCAAUGGAGCCUUCUGAAGAACCUAGUCAUAUCAGCAAAGAUAACUUUUUAGAAGUUCCUAAUUUAUCUGAUUCUCUUUCUGAAGAUGAAGAGAUUAAAGCUAACUUCAGACCUGGUUUCUCCCCUCAACCUAGCAGACGAGGCUCUGAUUCGUCUGAAGACAUUUACCUGGAUACUCCACCACCUUCAGGUGCGAGAAGAGUUUCAUUUGCCGACACCUUUGGAUUCAAUCUUGUGUCUGUUAAAGAAUUUGAUUCCUGGGAAUUACCAAGUAGUUCAACUGAUUUUGAUUUAACAAAGGACAUUUUCCACACAGAAGAAUAUGUUUUAACUCCACUGUUUGACUUGCCUUCUUCAAAAGAAGAUCUUAUGCAACAACUUCAAGUACAGAAGGCAAUAUUGGAGUCAGCUGAGUAUCCUCCUGGAUCUACAAGUAUGAAGGGUAUUAUUCGAGUUUUGAAUAUUUCUUUUGAGAAGUUAGUAUAUGUGAGAAUGUCUUUAGAUGACUGGCAGACAUAUUAUGACAUAUUAGCAGAAUAUGUCCCGAAUUCAUGUGAUGGUGACACUGACCAGUUCUCCUUUAAGAUUUCACUGGUUCCUCCUUAUCAAAAAGACGGCAGUAAAGUUGAGUUUUGUAUACGUUAUGAAACUUCGGUUGGUACAUUUUGGUCAAAUAAUAAUGGCACAAAUUAUAUAUUGGUUUGUCAAAAGAAAGAACAAGAGAUGGAGCCUGUAAAACCACAGGAAGAUGUUCCUAAUAGACAUAUAAAAGGCUGCUUAAAGGUAAAAUCAAGUAAAGAAGAAUCAUCAGUACCUUCAGAGGAGAAUAACUUUGAGAAUUCAAAGAUUACAGAUACCUAUAUCCCAACAAUUGUUUGCUCUGAUGAGGACAAGGAAGACUUGGAAACCGGUAAUCAAAAUGUGAAAGAUGUAAACAGGGAACAUGAUGAACAUAAUGAAAAAGAAUUAGAGUUGAUGAUAAAUCAACACUUAAUAAGAAGUACUGCUUCCAGAGAUGAAAAGAAUAUAGUCAAUUUUCCAAAUAAAGCUGAGGGGUUAGAGAAGAAGGAAAUCCAUGAUGAAGUAUUCACUGACUUGUUCAAAAGGCCUUUGUCUUCAAGUUCAUCAGCAGAAAGAUCCUUAAAAGGAGAUUCUUACCCCAAUGAACAAUAUCCCUCAGGAAAUGAGGGUAGUCAUCAACCUUCAGAGGGAAUUUCUUCAGAUAUGGGAGAAAUCAAGCCAUCGCUGGGAAAUACCAGUAGUGACGAAUUAGUGCAGUUACAUAUUGGUAGCAAAGAAGUACUGGAUGAUAAUGCUAAUCCAGCCCAAGGGAGAGGCAGAGUGAAAAUAUCUCAUCUCUUUUCAGAUCAAAUAAUGGCAGAAAACUGUAAUAAAAAACUUGAAGAAGAAGCUAAAAAAAUUGAAAUGAAGGAUUGGGAAUGUUUAAGAAGAGAUUUCCAUUCGGAAUUCCAUUCAGAAGAAUCGACAGAAAAAGGAUCUUCCAAGAAAGAUUACGACAGCGGUAAGAAUGAGGAGGAAGAGCAAAGAAUACAUUUAGGUGUUAAUGAAAAACAAAGAAAAAAGUUUCCAUCAACCUUACAUGACCAAGAAAGGAAGACAGGCCACUCUGAAAUAAGUGUGGAAGGGAUGGGAGCUAGCACUAGAGACCUAACUGCUCUGCCAAGCAAAGACACCACAAUUCAUGGCCAGGCAAUCAGAGCAGAUAUAUUUCAUUCACCAAGGACAAAUCUAAGCUGGGAAGAAGCUGUGUUAACAACCCCAGACUGUGAUCUCUCUACUAGAGAAGGUAUUUCUUUAGGCGGAAUUCUUGGUCAAGCUUGUUCACCAAGAAAUGGAAAUGUUUUGAGGAACAAGCAUCUUUUCCAGGCUGAAGAAGAACAAUCAGAUUGCAUUAAACCUGAAGAUCAGCAUAAGAACACACAGCAUAAACAAAAUCAGAAUGUUCUGGAAAGUCAGGGGAAAGCAAGAGAGAAUAGAACAAAUAUAACAGAGCAGACCAAAGAACAAGCAGAUUGUGAAGACAUGUGGAAAAAAAGAGAUAAUACAAGGAUUCUGAAAGCUACUCCUACAGAAAAACUGUUUACCUGCCAAGAAACAGCGAGCUAUGAACUGUCUUCUCUUGCUGAUCAUGGUAUUACUGAGAAAGUAGAAGCAGGUACAGCUUAUAUAAUUAAGACAACAUCAGAAAGUACUCUAGAAAGCAUGUCUGCUAGGGAAAAAGCAAUAAUUGCUAAGCUACCUCAAGAGACAGCACGAAGUGACAGGCCCAUCGAGGUAAAGGAAACAGCGUUUGAUCCACAUGAAGGGAGAAAUGAUUCACGUGAUAACCUUUGUCAACGAGAUACAGUAGGUGUAACCUAUGACAAUGAUUUUGAAAAGGAAUCAUGUUUAGGUAUUUGUAAUGUUCAUAUAGAUGAAACAGAGAAGGAAGAAACCAUAUCUGUAUACAAUUCCGGGAAGACACAUGACAGGAAGAAACGUGAUGUUGGAAAUACAACAUCUGUAGAAGAAUCGUCACAGGGCAUUAUAGACAAUCAAAAAGCAGACUCAAAACUGGAUUUACAUUUGGAAAUGUUACCAAUAGGCAAAAAAAUAUUUACAGAAAAUAAAGAUCCUGGGCAGGUACAAGAAUUAUCAAAGAAAACGAAUAUAGAUGCUGUUAUUCAUUCUGCCUUAAACUCAGGCACUAAUGGAGCUUCUCAGAAUGGCUCUCACGUUUCCAAUCACCAUGCUAAAAAUUCAGUGCCAACCCAUGAACAGGAAGCUGCUGCAGAGAAUGAAAAUACUACCACAACUCCUCAAUCGAUUUCUUCUAAAUCAGAAUAUAAUUGUAAUCCAACACGUGAAAUCCAGGGUAUUGACAAGCACCCGCAUCCUAUGACUACACCUGAAGACGUUUCCAAAAGUUCAGGAAUAGUGACAUCAGGUAGUUGGAAAGAAAGAUGUACAGGCCAGAUUUCCCAACAAGGAGAAUGCAGUGUGGAGACAUCUCUAGGGCCGACUAUUUUAACCAGUGAAGCUUUGGAGAACAAGGAAGAGGCAAGGCAUGAAAAUGAAGGAUUAAUAAACUCUGGACAAUCAUUGUGCUCUUCAGGUGACAAGGAAUCUGAGAGCUCUGCUUCUAGUAGUCUCCCUGCCCAGGAAAGUCAGGCUCAAAGCAGUGAAUCUCUGCUUUCGAAAUACAUCAACUCUAAAAUACCUUAUUUUCUUUUGUUUCUGAUAUUUCUCGUAACUGUCUAUCAGUACGACUUAAUGAUCGGCUGGGCAUUCUAACUUUUUUCACUGUACUGGCUAUCCUGGGAAGGGGGAAGACAAAAAGAGUCUGUCAAAAAGAAGUAACCUCAGCACUAUUAUUAUUCUCUCUUAAAAGAUAAGCUAUUUAGCCUCAAACAUUUGGAUUGGUGAACGAGACUAUUCAUUGUUCAAACAGCCAGUGCAGUUUUUCUCUUGAAGGAUCAUUUAAAAAGGAAUGCGUAUGAAGUUUGCUCCUUCAUAUAAGUAAUUAUUCUAUAUAGGACCAUUAUGUUUGGAUCAUUAAAUACCUAUAUGAAUAUGAGAUCUGAAGCACGUCAAGUUGAAAUUAGGUACAGCUGUUGCUCCUUAGCAGGCUAUGAAGUUUCAAUGCUUCACGUCGCUUCACUAUUUAAAGUGCCAUUUCUUGCAUUCAUUUCUUUUGCAGUAAAGCUUCAUUUUUUUCUCUCAGAGUAUUUUUCCAUCUACGGUUUUUAAAAAUAGAUAAAACGUGGACAAUGGCAGAGGACUUUUAUGGUAUUUUAAUACUGACCAUGAAAUUUGCAUUUACCACUGUAUCAUUUAUCAGCACAUUUUGAUAAAUCAAAUCUUUCAAUUUCUAUUUCAUAUUUUUAAGAACAAUAUCUAUACAUAUUGAGAUGCAUAGAUUUAGUUUGAAGAAACACAUCCUUUGCCUGAAUAACCCUUAAUACGCAUAUACACAUUUUAACUCCUGCAUACCUGCAAAGUCAAAGCAUUUGCAAACCAAAUUUGCAAAAGACUGAAACAAUCAAGGGAUGAUCUUUCAGUUAUACAAAAUUUUGUGUAUGGCUUGUCUUUAAGCAUUGCUUUUCUCUUUUAAAGGGAGACUGUAUAACACAGCUGAAUAAUUUCAACAUCAACUAUUAUUCAAAGUUGGAAAUUUAAGUUGAAAGUUCUACAAACAUUGCUUCAGAAUGAAUUUGUAACUAUAAAGCAUAAAGCAUUAAAUUAUAACAAUAAUUAAAAAAGAUUUCUAAAUGAACUAUUCUACUUGGCAGUAUUUUUUUGUCUUUAAAUUUUUUAACUUUUCUCAUUAUAAAGCAAUGAAUUCUUCCCUUAGGUGCAUUUAGAAAACAAGCAACUAAUCAUUAGUGAUAUUUACCAUAUAAUUAUCAGGUUGCUAAAUGAUAAAUCAAAUUUUUAAGCAGACAAAUAGGCAAAUAUGGAAUCUACUAUGGGAGAAAUGAAUACCCAGUUACAGCAGUGACUUUGGUUGCUAUUAUUAUCUAUGGCUACGUAUGUGAAAUAAUGGAACUAGUUAUUUUAGUCACAUAAAGGCAAUGCAAACAUUCUUAUACAAUUGAUUUGAACAAUGAUUUGUCGAAUGACUAACAUAUGCAAAACUUUCUGCUCUGUUCUAUGGCAGAGCACUUCCUUUGAUACCCUGAAUGGCUAGUCCUCAGGGAGGAGGCAUUGUAUAUAGCAUGAUGCUUUUGACUUGGCGGGGACUUGGGAAGAGAGUCACAAUGAGGGAGGUCAUUUGAAGGCUUUCUUUUUUAUAGGAAUUACUUUCAUAGAGAAUGUAACAUUGAUCUUCAGAGUGAAAAGUAACCUGUUUAUUAAUGUGUAAAGGUGAAUUCAUUGAGUAACAUUUGCACAUAUCAUCCCACACUUCCAAGAAACAUGCAUUUCUGGGAAGACAAAAUGAGAAUGCAGCAUUUAAACUGGUAGUAAAUGAUUUCCUUUACUACCAGUGGUAGUAAAUGAUUUCCUUAAUUUUCAGUAGUUACACAACUGUUUCCAAAUCCCCUAAUUGCAUGCUUGUCUCAAGUCCCACUGAAACUGAAUGCUUGACUUUAACUUUUUAGUUGAACAAACACAAACACCUUGAAGUAGAACUCGGGGCAAAUAUUUGAUUGUUUGAGAAAGCAUAUUUUCAUUAAAUACAAGUGGGAUACUGUAGACUGGAACUAGAAUAUUAUCUCUGAAAUUUCUAUCUUGAUAAUUUUGUUGACAUGUCUAGAUCACAAUGAAGUUAUAGUUAGCAUUUCUUCAGUUCCUAAUGGCUUGGUUUCUGCAUUCUACCUUUAAGAGUUUCAGUCAAUAUGCCAUAUCUUAUUAAUGCAAAGAACACUAUAUUUUUUAUGAACACAGGUGCCUGAACUGUAGUUAUUCCCUUAUACAUAAAAGAAUGUAACUUCUUUAUCUCUUUUAUUUGAUUUUUUGGCAACAUUAACUUAUUAAACCUUCUCAUACAUAUUUGUAAUGUGAUAAUAGAAGUUUCAAAGGGUUUAAAAGACUUCAUUGUAUACUUUUCUGCAUGCAAAGAAGAUACAAUUGGUAAUUAAUUGACUUUCCAAACAUUACUUAUGAAGAAUUUGAAACAAAGUCAUAAGAAUGUACCAACUGCUAGGUGGAAAGGUAGAUUUUUGCAGCCUGCUUUGUUCACAUCGCUAUAUUGAAUAAGAAAAGUGAAUCCCAGGAAGAACCUGGUUAAUAAAGAUUUGACUGUGAAUCAUCAUGACAAGGAUCAUCAUAGCUACCUUCAUUGUGUCUCCUCAAAUACUGGUUAAGGGCCAAAAGAGGGUGUGGCAUGAUAAUAAAUAAAAAAUACUGCAUAUCUGCUUCUAUAGUGGUUAAGAAAUGUGAUAUAAUAACCACCACCUUUUAUCUUACUGGGCUCCUGACUUUUAGAAACAAAGUUCUAAAAAAUUAAUUGGCAAGUCAAGCAACUGUAGGUAGUAAAAUCAACUAUCAUAAAAAAAAUCACAUCUGGAGUUCCCACUGUGGCUCAGUGUAACAAAUCCAACUAGGAACCAUGAGGUUGUGGGUUCAAUCCCUGGCCUCGCUCAGUGGGUUAAGGAUCCGGCUUUGCAAGGAGCUGUGGUGUAGGUCGCAGAUCCCGCAUUGCUAUGGCUCUGGCAUAGGCCGGCGGCUAUAGCUCCAAUUAGACCCCUAGCCAGGGAAUCUCCAUAUGCCAUGGGUGUGGCCCUAGAAAAGGCAAAAAGACAAAAAAAAAAAAAAAAAUCACAUCUGUGUAAGCUGCCAAUAUGUUAUAGAUUUUUCAAUAUAAGAGGAAAUGAUUCAAGAUGACAUUCACCUCUCAACAUUCAAGAACAUUAGUUUAAUGCAAUUGUGUUUUCCUACUAAGCCCCAAUAUUUUGAUAGUAAAUUUUUCCUAGGAACAUUUAUUUACACAUAUAUAUGUAUAUUUAUAUAUAUAUUUAUUUAUAUAUAUAGUCUGUCACUAUUUUUAUGAGAGAAACAGGAUCCUCUUUUAUUUGUCAUCUUAAACCAGUCUACUGGUUAAAUGGAAAACUUAAAAAUAUCCAGAUCAAAUUUGGGGAAUCAAAGAAAAUAUUUUCCCAAAUAGCAUUCAUGAUACUUUCAUAAGUUUUUUCAGUCAUGAAUAUUAUUUUAUAUCACCAGACUUGUUGUUUUCUUUAUUAGGCUCAAUUUUUACAUAUAAAUUUUUGCAAAAUAAGCAAACAAAGCAAAACAAAAAAACUAGCAGGAAAACUAAUAAAGAUACAAGUAGGAGAGCUGUUAUCCCCAGGGCCAGUUCACCUACUUAUUUUUGUUAACAUGAUCUCUGACCUUUCAAAAUUUCACUGAGUAAAUAUAGAAAGUGAACUAUGCAAUAAAGAUUGUGGUUUGUUAUUUAAGUCCUAUCUUUUAUUUAAGUCCUUCCAAUUCUGUGGAACUGAGAAUUAGGAUCAUUUGAUUCUGUAACAAGGUACAAAAGGAAUAUUCUUCCAGCAUUUCCACAAUUGUACUCCUAUAUGAAGACAACAGCUUAAAAAGAUACUUUUAUUUAUUUGAUUAAUUUGUUUAAUUUUAUUCAAUUUUCAGAAAAAAAAUUCAUAAUAAAGCUCAUGGCUACAUAAGUUCCUUUUCAUCUUUUAAAAAUAGAUUUGGUCAUUAACACAAUGUUUUCAUAGUUUUACCCAAACCUCUUUAAAUAGCUAAUAAAAUUUUCACUUGGAUUUUCAACCCAGCUUUGAACAUGUUUUACAAGAAAUGCCAUUAUUGUAGCGUGUUAAAACCUUAUUAAACAAACAACUCUUUAAAAAUUUCAGAAUUUUUAUUUUGUGUCUUUUCGAUAUCUGUUAGGUGCGUACACAUUACCUUUGUUUUCAAAUAUGAAACAAUGGUUAUGUGAAAAUUUAAGGAAGAAUUCCCUAAGUUUUUCCUAAUAUAUUUAACUCUUUAUAUUCAUGAUAAUAAAGAAUACCAUGUGUAAAUCAACAAUGGACUACAGAGAAAUCAUUAUUUGCCUGAGAUGAUGCCAAGAUCUGAUUCUUCUUUCAAUGACUAAUUAAACUACUGAUCUUGAUUGGAA